GAAAAUAGAACUUUCUCACGAUAAUAAAAUUCUCAUCUGUCUCCAAACUCCACUACACAUGUAACUCCGUAACCUCAUUACACUAUGAACACUCUUCUUCUUCUUCUUCUUCUUCACAUUCCUUUCUUUAAACCCUCAUUUAGCGGGUUUUUGCCACCACCACCGCCGCCACCGCAAACACUCAUUUUGCCGCUCACAAUCCAAGAAAUCCCCGCCAACUCACUCCCCAGAUCUCCAUCCAAACUCCCGUUCCACCACAACAUCAGCCUCACCGUCUCCCUCUCUGUCGGCACACCUCCCCAAAACGUCUCCAUGGUUCUCGACACCGGCAGUGAACUCAGCUGGCUUCACUGCAACAAAACCACCACCUCUUACCCCACCACGUUCGACCCGACCCGAUCAAUCUCCUACCGUCCCAUUCCUUGCUCUUCCUCCACCUGCACUAACCAGACCCGUGACUUCACUAUACCCGCUUCUUGCGACUCUAACAACCUCUGCCACGCCACUCUUGCUUACGCUGAUGCCUCCUCCUCUGAAGGAAAUCUCGCCUCUGAUGAUUUUCGUAUGGGUAGUUCGGAAAUUUCGGAUAUGGUAUUCGGGUGCAUGGACAGUGUCUUCAGUUCGAAUUCUGAAGAGGAUAGUAAGAAUACCGGGUUAAUGGGUAUGAACCGUGGGUCGUUGUCUUUUGUUUCUCAAAUGGGUUUUCCGAAAUUUUCUUAUUGUAUUUCGGGUUCGGAUUUUUCUGGUGUUUUACUUCUUGGGGAAUCCAAUUUGACGUGGGCUUUGCCUUUGAAUUACACUCCAUUGAUCCAAAUGUCGACUCCCUUACCGUAUUUUGAUCGGGUUGCGUAUACGGUUCAGCUUGAAGGAAUUAAAGUAUCGGAUAAAUUACUUGCGAUACCCAAAUCGGUCUUCGAACCGGAUCACACUGGGGCAGGUCAAACCAUGGUCGAUUCGGGUACUCAGUUCACAUUUUUACUCGGGCCGGCUUAUACCGCGCUUCGAACCGAAUUCUUGAACCAAACAGCUGGGAUUUUAAGGGUUUUAGAGGAUCCAGAUUUUGUAUUUCAAGGAGCCAUGGAUUUAUGUUACCGGGUCUCGACUACUCAACGGGUUUUACCGCGGUUACCAACUGUGAGUUUGGUUUUUAAUGGAGCCGAAAUGACUAUCUCGGGUGAGCGGUUACUGUAUCCGGUUCCGGGUGAAAUAAGGGGAAAUGAUUCGGUGCAUUGCUUAUCAUUUGGGAACUCAGAUUUAUUAGGCGUGGAAGCUUAUGUGAUUGGGCAUCAUCAUCAGCAAAACGUGUGGAUGGAAUUUGAUCUUGAAAGAUCAAGGAUUGGACUGGCGCAGGUACGGUGUGAUUUGGCUGGUAAGAGAUUCGGUCUGGGCCUACAAAGGGCCCAACACGUAUAGCUUAAUUAAUGAGUUUUUUUGGAGUUAUUUUUGAUUGGAGCAUGAGAUAACACGUGUGAUAGAUCUUUAUUGAGUUUUAGAAUCAUGGAUGGGUAUGGUAAUGUACUGCGAGGUUCAUGGUAAGUAACACGGCUCCGCAUGUUGAUAGUGUCCAUUCUCAGGUCCGUACUAGAUUUGGAAGGUGUAAUGUUGUAAUCAAAGAAGCGACCAUGGCAAUAAUUGAUUCAAAAUGGUUGAAGCCUAUGAGAUAGAAAAUUGAAAUUAGGUAAUUAUUUUCCUUCUAAUUGUAUAUUAUUUUGGUUGUAAAAUUAUUAGUGAAAAUUAUUUUUUUUCCAAGUAAUCAAAAUGGGA